AUGAGCCUUUUACCUCAGAGGAAUGACUGUUCCCAUAGCUUAAAGGAAAACAUGUUGAAUGACAGAAUAGAGUCCAGUAACAUGACAAUAGCAAUAAUCUUCUUGUCACAAACGGUGAUUGGAUCACUGGGCAACUUCUAUCUGCUUUGCCAUUACCUCCUCCACGGCCACACUGAAAGAAGGGUGAGGGCCACAGAUCUGAUUCUCAAGCACCUGACUAUAUCUAACUCCUUGAUCAUUCUCUCUGAAGGAGUCCCCCAGACAAUGGCAGCUUUUGAGCUGAAAUAUCUUUUCAAUUAUUUUGGAUGCAAACUUCUUUUCUAUGUUCAGAGAGUGGGCAGGAGUGCAUCCAUUGGCAUCACUUGCCUCUUGAGUGUGUUCCAGACCAUCAUGAUCAGCCCCAUGAAUUCCUGUUGGAAGAAUCUUAAACUCAAAGCCCCAAAGUACAUCGGCUUUUCAAUUUCCCUUUGCUGGGUCCUGUACGUGUUUGUAAAUUUAAUUGUUCCAAUGUAUGAGUUGUAUAUGUCUCGUAAAUGGAGCGGUAAAAACAUCAGAAAGAAAAGAGGUUUUGGCUACUGUUUUAGUAAUGAUGAGGAGAAAAUCAGUGGCUCAAUAUAUGUAGCAUUAAUAGCAUUCCCUGAAGUUUCCUUUACUGUGAUCAUAAUCUGGACAAGUGGUUCCAUGGUUUUCACCCUGUACGGGCACAAGCAUCGGGUCCAACACAUUCACAAGAAUAAUGUUUCCCACAGAUCCUCCCCUGAGUCUAGAGCCACAGAAAGCAUCCUUAUUCUGGGGAGCACCUUUGUAUCUUUUCAAACCCUCUCCUCCACCUUUCAUGUUUUUCUCGCUCUAAUCGAUAACCCCAGUUGGUGGCUGGUGAACACUGCUCGCCUAAUUUCUGUGUGUUUUCCAACUGUUAGUCCCUUUCUGCUCAUGAGACAAGACUCCACUGCAUCUAGUCUCUGCUUUGCAUGGAUAAGGAGCACAAAAUUUCCUCAUUAUAUCAGACAAACAUAA